AAGGGAGAGAGACCUUGAGUAGAAACAGAGUGAGAGAGAGCAGGAGAUCCCCACAGAGAGGAAGAGAGGCUGCCUGUGAAAAGCAGCGUGACGAGAGGCAAAGCGGAGAAGCUUCAGCUCCUGGUCACCGCUAAAGACGACUAACAAGCUGACACUUGUGAAGAACUGGAAACCUCUUCAGUCUGCUGAUCGGUCCCAGAGAAGAGAGGGCUCUUCUCUCGUUCCUCAUUCCUGUUUUUCUUUGAUUUUUGAAAAGUCAAGACCUGGAGGUACACACCAUGUGAAAGAAUGACAGAACACUCGGAUCUUUGGAAGACUCGGCUGAAGAGUGGCUGACAUUUUCCACCACAGACUGAAUGUCAGCAGGAGGAAGACAAACUAGAACAUGUAUCACCUCUGGAGGGUUUGGUCCACAGGAAGUGUGUGAGGGGACAAAGGAUGGCAACGUUAGUGACACAUGGACAAACGUGUGUCAAGUUUGAUCACGCUCGCCAUCCAUCACCGUCAUCCUCACACACACUCACAGGUGUCGACAUAAGUUGAUAUGAGAGGGUAAGGACGCCCCAGAGUUCACCUGCUCGUCUAACAGCACACACCUCGGACCUACACCUGUAAAGGCAUUACUGAAGUAUACUUUAUCAGGACUUCUGUAACGCAAACAUGUAAAGAAAUCACCUCACCGGGAAGCUGCUGGAAGCGGGAUCUGGAUUCCUGACCUUUCACAUGGACAUCAUUGUUUUACCAUGGGUGACGGUUUGAAAAGCCCAGACUUCCAGGAUCAGGAAACCGUGACUGACAUCUUUCAGCUCUCAAACAAAUCCCAGAAUCAGAAGAGUCGUUUCUUUUCUUGCAGACGUCAGUCACGAUCAGAUCAACAUUUGGAUAUUUUUUUAGUAACCGGAGCACUUUUCUAUCUGUAUUAUUAUCCUUAUAAUUCUUCCUAUUCUAGUUUUCCUUUGGAGAAUCAUCUGCUGAUCACACGAGACAUUUGAGGCGCUGGAUUAAAUGACAGACAUGUUGUACGCCUCUGGAAUAUUUGUUUUAUUUUUCUGGAAAAAAGAAUCUAAAAUGAGAAUUUCCUUUCCUCCCUCCUACUGGUGAAUCUGGCAGACAUCCCGAGGUUGUGAGCCGACACCAUGAACUUACGUGGAGCUAACGUGUCAGAGCUGAUCUUCAACACCAUCAGGACCGUUACCACCUCGGAGUCUAACCCCAGGCCUUCAAAUCGACCCGGUAAUGCAACAAACUCUGGAUGUCACGAGAGCGACGUGGCCCACGCUGUCGUUAACACUCAGUCACACAGCAGCCUGGGAGGACACUUCGGGCCUCAGUGUGCUGGCUUCGAGCCGCCGGUGGAGAAGAACUGGGCGGCCCUGCUGAUCCUGGCCGUCGUUGCCGUCACGGUCAUGGGAAAUAUCCUGGUGAUCCUGGCCGUUUCUCUAGAGAAAAAGCUGCAAAAUGCAACUAACUAUUUUCUGAUGUCACUGGCAGUGGCUGAUAUGCUCCUAGGCAUCUUGGUCAUGCCCGUUUCCAUGGUGACCAUUCUCUAUGAUUACAAGUGGCCCCUUCCCUCCGACCUCUGCCCCAUCUGGAUCUACCUGGACGUUCUUUUCUCCACAGCAUCCAUCAUGCAUCUCUGUGCAAUUUCUCUGGACCGAUACAUCGCCAUACGGAACCCGAUCCACCACAGCCGCUUCAAUUCACACACCAAGGCUCGGGUCAAGAUCAUGGCAGUGUGGACCAUCUCAGUGGGAAUCUCCAUGCCAAUUCCUGUGCUGGGACUGAGAGACCACUCCAAGGUUUUCAAAGACGGUGUCUGCCUGCUGACAGAUGCUAACUUUGUUCUGGUCGGCUCCUUUGUUGCCUUCUUUGUUCCUUUAACGAUUAUGAUUGUCACCUACUUCUUGACCAUCAACGCCCUGCAGAACGAAGCCACGCUCUGCUUGGACCAGCUGGUUCCACGGCCCAAAUGGAGCACAACGUUCACCCUCAGCUUCCUACCACAAACCUCGGUGUCCUCUGAGAAACUCUUCAGGCGCUCCAUCAGCCGAGAGGUUGGAGGCAGAGGGAGCAGCGGUGGCCUUGGUGGUGUCCGUGGGAGUGUGUCUGGUUCGUUGUUUGGACGACGCACCAUGCAGUCCAUCAGCAAUGAACAGAAGGCCUCUAAGGUGCUUGGCGUGGUGUUUUUUCUCUUUGUGGUCAUGUGGUGCCCAUUUUUCAUCACCAACGUGCUGGUGGUGGUGUGUCGCCAAACCCUGUGCAAUCUAGAAGUCAUGGAAGGUCUGCUGAACAUUUUUGUUUGGGUUGGGUACUUGUCCUCAGCCGUUAAUCCGCUGGUCUACACACUGUUCAACAAAACGUACCGCACAGCGUUCCUGCGCUACAUACGCUGCCAAUAUCAGCCAGAGAAGAAACCUCUUCAACUCAUACUGGUGAACACAAUCCCGCCACUGGUCUACAACUCCACACAGCUAUCACUGGGUGAUGUUGAGAGGUUACGCAAUGGAUCAUUGCACUGUGAUGAGGACAGAAAGGAAUUCUGCCUGCCUGGGAAUGAAACGGAGCGCUGUAGACAGGGUGAAAGCUACAGAGAGAAGGAUGAGAGCAGUGUGUGAGGAGAAAAGGAAAUCCCUCCUUAAAAAAGGGAAUCUAGUCCCAGUUGUACAGCAGGUAUAAUCAUGACAUAAUGUGGUCACAAUGACCCUGGAGCAAAGCCAUUGAGACUCAGAGUAUUUGAAAAAGUUCCCACUAAUCCACGACUAAGGUCGGGGUUGAUCGAUCCAUGAGGUAAAAUAAACAUUUACGUUCUCAACAAAUCCCAAAACAACUUUUAACCGCCAGGUCCUUCCAGUUUCUGAUCCGAUGUUUAUAAAAAAAACUCGGAGCAGCUAGGAGACACUUUUUCUAAUUUUACAGUUUUUACAGCAAUAUUGCAAAUCAGCAUUUUUUUUCAGGACUGAAAUGAAAAAAUUGGGAUCUAACAUUGACAAUCAUCUGAAAUGUCUGAAAGACAGAAAAAACUUUUUUUUUCAUUUAAACUGAGACAGAUUUAAGCAGAGUACGUAAAGAUAAAACUAAUAUUUACAACUUGGCCAAUGUCAAAAGUGACUCAAGGUUUUUCCAUGUUUUUGUUAAGAGACUAAAUGUAAUAAAUAAAACAAUUCAUAUGGUUUCCUUUUCCAUGGAUCCUGUCAACCGCCAAACCGCUCCCUCCUGCAUUCCCUUGGCAUCCCACCAGCCAUUAUACUGUACCUUUGGG